CACUUUAGUUUCAAACUUCAAACUCCUCUCUCCCUCUCUCUCUCCUUGCAUUUUCUAGAGAGAGAAACACACACACAGAGACCCAACUUUCAUUUUCUCUCUCUACGAUACAUACACAACAUAUACUCCUUUGUACCUAACCCCCAUUCGUAGAGAGAGAAACUAAACCACUCUUCUCUCUUUCUCUCUCAUCAUAAUUCUGGGGUUUAUAGAGGAGAUCGUAUAACCCUAGAAUUUGGGGCAAAGGAAAUGGGGGAAGAGUAUAUAGGGAGAAGAGUCAACAAAGAAGUCAAAGGCGUUGGAACAUUCACUGGUACAGUCAAAUCCUACAAUUCUACAACUGGGUUCUUCGAGAUCCUCUAUGAUGUGGGCGAUUCCGAGUCUCUUGACUUGUCCCAAGUCCUCUGCUUGUUGAACGGAUCACUGCCACGUCAGCAGCAUCAGCAGCAGAAGACUGUUGGUCGAAAGCCCAAAAAACGACGUCGUAUGGUAAAAAAUUCAGGUAACAACGCUGACACGGAUAUGAAUUAUAGUGAGAAUUGUAGUGAAAUGAACUUGAAUUUGAGAAAAGAUGGUUUGCUGAAUAAUGGGUUGAAUUUGGAUUUGAAUUAUGAUGUGAUGGUUAAUUUGAAUGAUGAUGAUGAUGAUGGGGUAGUUGAUUUGAAUAGGAGUCAAUUGGAUUUGAAUAAAGGGUUGGAUUUGAAUGUUGAGGAGAAUAUGGGUGGUGUAAAUGAGGUAAAGUUGGAAACUUUGGAGGGAACAUUGAAGAAUAGAAGCAAUGUGAUUGAUUUGAAUGUGGAUGCAAAUGGGGACGUUGGGGGUCGUGUUUCGGAGGAUAUUAGGAUAAAGGAUGGUGGGCACUGUUUUGACUUGAAUUUAGGGCUAGAUGAAGAAAGUAAGAAUGUAGAUGUUGUUGUUGGUGAUGAGACGUCGAAGGAAAUGAUGACUUGUUGUUUUGGAGGAGGAAGAAGUCGGGAGAAAGAGUGUAGUCGAGAUGAAGAGAAGGUCCCACUGAGUUUGGAUACUUGUUUUACUGUGAAUGAGCUAACAAAUGGCACUCUGCAGGAAGUUGAGGUGAAGUGGACGACGCCUGAUAAGGGUACUAGUGGGUUGGAAGUGCAAAAUGGUGCUUCGGGGAGCUUGAUGAAGGGGAAAAGGGGUAGAAAGAAGAGGAAGCUCCUGGAUGCUGGCAGCAAAGGUGGUACGGAGACGGUGUUGAGAAGAAGUGCUCGUAGAGCGAGAAUAGAUUCCGUUUCUGCUGAAGAUCACGUUUAUUGUGCAGUAGUGUCUGAUGUAGCGAGUGAUCCACUGUUGUCUCCUGCAGUUAGUGUGGUUUCAGAGGAGAAAAUUAUAGUCUCAGGUCAUGAAGAGUCUGAUAAACAUGACAAUCUUCCGCAAAAGAUGGAUCUGCCUCCUACUUCGAGUAGUUUAGAUUUAGAUGGUAUUCCUGUGCUUGAUGUCUUCUCUGUCUAUUCAUUUUUGAGAUCGUUUAGUACUUUAUUGUUCUUGAGCCCCUUUGAGUUGGAAGACUUCGUGGCGUGCAUAAAAGCAGAUGCUCCUACUUUAUUAUUUGACUCCAUUCAUUUCUCUCUUUUGCAAAUAUUGAGGAAGCAUUUGGAGGCUCUUUCAGAUGAAACUUCUGAAUCUGCAUCUAAUUGUCUUAGGUCUCUUAACUGGGAUUUGCUGGACCUGAUCACAUGGCCUGUCUUUAUGGUUGAAUAUCUACUAUUACAUGAAUCUGAACUGAAGCCAAGUUUUGAUCUUUGUCACUUUAAACUAUUCGAGAGUGAUUACUACAAGCAACCAGCUUCUUUGAAGAUUGAAAUGCUUAGGUGCCUUUGUGAUGAUGUGAUUGAAGUAGAGGCCAUACGAUCAGAGCUUAACAGAAGAACUGUGGCAGCAGAGAACACUGAUUUUGAUCGGGAUUCGAAGUUUGACAGUUCCAAGAAGAGGAGGGGUGCCAUGGAUGUUGCCGCUGGUUCAUGCUUGAGCGAGGAAGCAGUCGAUGAAUCAACAGACUGGAACAGCGAUGAAUGCUGCCUCUGCAAAAUGGAUGGUAACUUAAUAUGCUGUGAUGGCUGCCCUGCUGCAUUUCAUUCCAAGUGUGUUGGUGUUGCUAGUAGUCACUUGCCAGAAGGUGAUUGGUAUUGCCCUGAAUGUCUGAUUGGCAAAAAGAAGCCCUGGUUGAAUUUGGCAAAAUCAAUUCGAGGGGCAGAGUUGUUGGCAACUGAUCCAUACGGCCGGCUAUACUAUAGCUGCUGUGAUUACCUAUUGGUGUCUGAUCCAUGCGAAGACGAGUUCUCACUUAAGUAUUAUCACAGAAAUGAUUUGGCUGUGGUUGUAGGGAUGAUGAAGUCAUCAGAAGAUAUUUACGGAACUGUCUUAAGUGUGAUUUUGAAGCUUUGGGAUAUAAACUCUAUGGCUGCAGUUGCAAAAUAUGAUCUGGAUACCCAGCUGAAAACUCUGCCCUCAAAUUCUCCAGAGUUGAUCCUGUCAAAAAAUGAAGAGAAGGUAAAUGAAGGAAAGCAAGCGGAAAAGCUCUUGUCAUGUUCGGAUGAUGUGGGAUAUGACAAGUCAGAGACUGUAGACCCAUCAAUGAAGACGGGAAAUCUACCGCCAGGAUCUGAAGGGUCAGCUGAAGUAUCUCAGGUUGUUACUGACAAUCAAAAUUACAAGGAGGCUGGAACAUUUGAAGAUUCUGAUCUUACAGAAAAAAAUAUGGAGACUAGAAGAACACUUAAAGAAAGAAAGGGCAAUGAAUCUUUGGACUUGGGGACAUUAACAAUGAGCAGUAAAGAAAUCAUAUCAGAGGAGCAGUAUGCGGAAAGUUAUGUGAACCAUUAUAGCUUUGCCCGAAUGGCAUUAUCAGUUGUUGAAGAGUUAACAAAGAAAUCACCCGGUAAGUCUGGUGAAGGUGCUAUAAAAACAGAGGAGGAAAUUAUUUCAACGCAGCUGAAGGCCAUAUCUAGCAAAUCUACUGAAUUUUGCUGGCCCAAUGUUCAGAAUCUGAAGAUUGAUGCUUGGAAAGAAAAAUGUGGGUGGUGCUUCCCUUGCAGAGUUCCAGAGUGUGAAAAUGACUGCUUGAUCAUCCAGAAUAAUGCAGGUCCUGCGCCAGAAAGUUUUUCUAGUGAUGCAUUGGGUGUCUGUUCUAGGAAGAACAGGAAAAGCCAUCUUGUUGAUGUCCUUUGCUACAUAGUGAGCAUUGAGGAUCGGCUUCAUGGGCUUCUGUUGGGUCCUUGGUUGAAUCCGCACCACUCUCAAAAUUGGCGCAAAAGUGUUCUUAAAGCACAUGAAGUUGCUGGACUAAGAUCUUGUUUGCUUACGUUAGAGUCGAACUUGCGGCCUCUAGCACUUACCCCUGAUUGGCUUAAGCAUGUGGAUUCUUUAGCCAAAAUGGGUUCUGGGCAUCAUAUCGUUACCAAUUCACCACGUGUGUCUUCUAAACAUGGAAUUGGCAAAAAGAAGGCUCGGUAUUUGGAGCCUGAGUUGAAUCCAUCUUCAAAUGCUGGAAGUGGGUUGGGCUUGUUUUGGUGGAGGGGGGGAAGGCUAUCUCGCCGUCUAUUCAACUGGAAGGUUUUGCCUCAAUCAUUGGCGUGCAAAGCUGCCCGACAAGGUGGAUGUAAGAAGAUACAAGGCAUGUUAUAUCCGGAUAAUUCAGACUUUGCCAAGAGAAGUAAGUGCAUAGCCUGGAGGGCUGCUGUUGAGACUUCGAGAUCUGUGGAGCAACUUGCUCUCCAGGUUAGAGAUCUUGAUGCUCAUAUUAGAUGGAAUGAUAUCGGAAACACCAAUAUCCUUGCAAUGAUGGAUAAGGAAUUUCAAAAAUCUGUCAGAUCAUUCAAGAAGGUUAUUGUACGCAGGAAAAGCUCUGAAGGAUCUGUAGUUAAAUAUCUUCUUGAUUUUGGUAAAAGAAGAUUCUUACCUGACAUUGUUGUUCGAUGCGGAACAAUGCUAGAAGAGGCUUCAAAUGAAAGAAAGAGAUAUUGGCUAGAAGAAUCUCACAUGCCCUUGCAUCUUGUGAAAGGAUUUGAGGAGAAAAGAAUUGCUCGCAAAUCUAGCAAGAUAACUGUUGGGAAGCAUCGUGAGACCAAGAGAAUAAUGAAAAAACCUCUGAAGAAAACGGGCUUCGAAUACCUUUUCCUCAAAGCAGAGAGAUCAGAUUAUUAUCAGUGUGGGCAUUGUAACAAAGAUGUCCUAAUUAGGGAAGCUGUGAGCUGUCAGUACUGCAAAGAUUUCUUCCAUAAACGACAUGUAAGAAAGUCAACUGGAUUUGCCGCUGCUGAAUUUAAGUAUACAUGCCACAAGUGUGCGGCUAUGAAUAAUAAUGGGAGAAAGAAUGUCAAGAGGGGGAGGAUAGAGUUGCAAAAGAGUAAGAAAGUAUCGAAAGCCUUGAUGCCACUGAGCUCAAAAGUUAAAUCCAGAGGCACCAAAAAUAAACAGCCAGCAAAAUCACAGAGUAGUAAAAAAGAGCCUGUUGCUAUACCCCUCAGGCGUUCUGCUAGGACAGUUAAAUUUGUAGCUGUGCAAAACAAAAAAAUAGUACACAAAAGAGGGAAACAAACAAAAGCUGGAAGGGGUAGACCUAAGAAAAAAACAAAAGUUGACAUAUCGGAGAAAAAGAAACCAGCAGAAGUUGCUUGGCAGAAGAAGAGAAUGCAAUUAUGCCGGAUAUACUGGCUAAAUGGUCUAUUGCUCUCACAAAAGCCAAAUGAUGAACGAGUGACACUCUUCAGGAGUAAAAAGCGUCUUGUUCUUUCUGGAGAGUUGGCUGCUACAGCAGAUCAGCCGAAGUGCAGUCUUUGUGGUGAACUAGAAUAUACACCUACUUCAAAUUACAUUGCAUGUGAAGUUUGUGGAGACUGGUUUCAUGGAGAUGCUUUUGAUCUUACAGCUGAAAGAAUUACUAAGCUAAUUGGAUUCAAGUGCCACAAAUGUCGGCAAAGGUCCCCUCCUUUUUGUGCUCAUUUGCUUACAAUGGGUAGCAAGGGUAAGCAGGUUCCUUUGGAGAGUAAUAAGCGUGAAAAUGCAAAUAAAACAUGUAACAUUGAGUCCUGCUCAAGUAAGGGACCACUAGAACAGAAAUCUCACUUGAAUGAUGAAUCAGGAUCUUGUUUUACUGGUGAUAGUGAUGAAAAGCAUCCGCGAGGGGCUCUUCCUGAUUCAUGCCGUGCGGAGAAUGGAAGUUUGCCUAUUAUUAGUUCAGAGCAGGGAGAAACUAUUGAUAGCUGUAGCAAGAUGGAUAUUGUACUUCCAGAUGAACCGGGCUUAUUGAAUGAUAAUGUGAAGUGUAUCAAGGAGGAGGAGGAUCAGAGACCAUCGAAUGAAUUGUUGUCAUCUGAUGACAGCUCUUUGCUGAAUGAUCCCACGAUAGAGGUGAAGGAUGUGUCAGUUGGAUCUGGGGAAAGACUUGAAGAAAAUACUACCCUUGUGACAGGAUGUACAUCUUUCAAGUCUGCAGAGGAUCUUACUGAAACAGGAUUACCUUCAUUAACAUGACCAACAGAGGAAUGGUAAAGCAACAGUCAUUCCUGAAUCUGUGGUAGAUAGAGCUGUUAUUGACGGACCUGAAUUGUCCUCGGAGAAAAUUUUAGUUUCAGAUUAAUUUGUAGGUGUUGAAGGGAAAAAAUUAGGUUAGAGGUGUAGAAUAUACUUCGACUCAUACAGUUACUGGCCGUAGUGUUACGGACAUUAGCUCAUUUGUGAAUCCUCUUAUGUUAUUGGGAUGUUCAUUUAUAAAGCAAUAUUUUGAUACUUCAGUCAUCAUUGGAGUAAACAAAGAGAAGAUUUGAAGCGUGUUUCUUUCCCUUCCAAUGCAUUCUUUGAUUUUAGUGGAGACAAAUUGGUUAAUGCAUUAUUUUUAGAGGUGGCAAAUGGAUGGUGCCGAUACCAGAUUAAGUGCUUGGUGAUGGUUAGACUUUUGUCCAGACACUUUUUUUCUUUAGAUCAUGUUAAGAAGCUUCUCAGAUUUCUCUGGUUCCGCUUUUGACUUCUGGGAAUGACAUGCUAUUCAGGCACUAGAUGUUGAUUCGAGACCUGGAUUAUUUUUGAGGUGUACCCAACCCCUUGGUUUAAGUGAUGAAAUUAUUAGUCAUGCAGUUUUAUCACUGUACUUUCCUGUUUUACAGGUAAGUCCUUAUAUGGCGAACUCUCCUUCAGAGAUGGAUUCAACUUCAGUCUUUCAUAAUCACUUAAUGAGAAUCAGUAGGAAAGGAAAUUUGCACCAUGGGGUUCAUGUUACCAAUCAUAAUUUAAUCAUCUGAAUUGAUAAAUCUUCAGUGAUUUUCAGUGACCUUAUCUGUAUGGUAUUUUGAUUGGUUUUCAACCUCCACUUCAAAAGUCUCAAACUUCUUGCAUUGCUCAGGUGGAGUGUACUUCAUCUGGCAAACUAAUUGUCCGGCUUUAAACGGACGCUAUUGCAAAUGCAGGAAAUGCUGAUUCUUUUAGGUGGAUAUAAACAUCUGCAAGGAGUUAAAGGGCGCUUUAUUUUCUGAAACUGCUUGUUUGUCAUCUUUGUGUUUUUAAAGUUAGUCGUUGAGAGCUUUUGAUGUUUGGUGUACAUGUUGAUAGACUACUUUGUCUCUCAUAAUAGGAUGUACCAACUAAGUACUUUCAUUUCCCAACCCAGCAUUUAGAACUCCAACCAUCUUUUUAGUGUUUGUACCAUUGCUUUUGCUUUAGGUGUGAGUUAUGGCUGCCUUAUGCGGAAUCCUAUUCACUAAUAUCUCAUAUUAUUUUUCUUCCGGGUUAGUUCAAUAAUAAGUUCUGCUGUGUGCAAAGCAAACUAGAUCAUAGAUAUACAUCGAAACAAUGAACUUCAAAUGGAUGUCUUAUGCUUGGACAUUUCAACUGCACUCUGAUCUUGUGCUGCUUUCAGUUUGCCUUGUUUACUUGUGGCUUUGGAUAUCAAUGCAUCAUUCUGUUCUGAAUAUUUACCUGAUUGUUUUACGUUUCUUGGGUUCUCUAGCUUUGCAGUUUGAUGAAAAGUCUUGUGGUGCCUCGUGGCAUGAGCUUUUAUGCUUGGUAUUGUCAUUAAAUUUUGCUAACGAGUGGUACGUCCUCAUCUCUUCCCUACUUCACUUGGAUUAGAAGCUUUAUUUGUGGUUCCUUUUGUGCCUUGUAGAAAAGAAAUCAUGUUUGAGAAAGCCUGUCUGUUGUAAUUUAUCAAUAUCAAACAUAAUGAAGGGUUGUCCAUCUCUAACUGUGCUAACUGGAAGCCUGUGACUGUCUCGGAUGUGAUCCUUUACCCUUCCACGUGCUAUCAGCUUUAUAAUUCUCUCUUUCUUUUCCCUUUCUCUUUCGUCUCUAGCCUUGGUUUUAUUCUUGUCUCUUGCCAGCAGAAGGCAAGAGUUCUUUGGCUAAGCCUAACUGGAGUGAAACACAUCUUUCCACAAAAUAUUGUACCCAUUAGCGGAUUCUGUAUGAAGAUGCGGAUAUCAGAACGGGAAUUAUGCAGCUAUACAUUAACUUAUACUAAACAAACAGUUGUCGACCUGCAAUUGAUAGUUCUCUAUUCGACAGAUUGGAUCAGGAUGACACAGUUGGUUUGAUGAGAGGAUGAUGUACUUGAGAAAUGAGAAGACGGGGCUCCUGGUCUGUAACGUUUGACAUUUCUUUUCGUGAGCUUGUUGGCUUUGAAGAAUGACAAGCUUCAAAGCAGCGUAAAUGAUAUUUUUUUUCCCAGUAAGAGUGGGCUAUGGAUAUUAUGGACUUAGUGCCCUAUUAGCUCUGUGUGCUGUGAGUCUACAAGAUCAUUCCCUUAAUCUUUGCUAUCAGGUUAGGGGAAGUGAUUCAUAAUAUCAUCCUAGCUAAUGAAUUGAGACCAGAGAUGGUGUAUCAUGCUACUGGAGCUUCUCUGAUUGAUGUUAUGCCAAGCAUGGACUUCAGAAGUAAUGGACUGCAUGUUGUUUCUGUAGGCACUUAAAGUUUUUAUCUUGUUGAUGGCACUCCAUAGAGUUCUUCACAAGUUUGAGACGGUUCGUGAAGGUAAUUAUCUAUCACCUCUUCUAUUAAUCCUGCUCGUGGAGGGUCAUAGAUAACUUUAAAAGUUGCUCGGCAUUGGCUGGUUCAAAUGUUUUACACACAAAAGGGCAAUGCAAUGCAACUCACUCUUCUUAAUUUGGGGAUGACACCAUCAUAAUAUCUGAAGCAAAAGAAUAACUAAGGAACCCCAGGGUGAUACUGUCGUGCUUUAAAGCUGCUACUAGCGUGUAUAUUAAUUUGGCAAAAGUAAAAUCUCUGCUAUCAGGGGGGGUCGAAGAGUUGCUACACUGGCUAGUAUCUUGCGACGUGCUAUUGAUUAAUUUGCUAAUACUUAUCCAGGUCAACCACUCCACUAGGAUCCAGCUUUGUGAUCAUGCCGAAGUCUGAAGAGGGCACUUGCUUUAUGGAAAAGACAUUACCUGUUGAAAGGGUGGGCAGCUUACAUUUAUUGAUUUCGUCCUCAGUAGCAUACGUUGUUCGUCCAAUGGCAACAUCUGGAGGAUGAGGUCAAGCACCACAUAAUAUGAGGUAAAAGAUUGAAAUUGUUUGCCAACUGUCAUUUUGGUUGGAAUGAGCAAUUACAAGUGUAUUAGACUAUUAGUAGAAGAAGGGGUUGCGGGGGUUGGUGGGGGUGGAAUGGCUUCCUUGAGAAUAUCUUCUUCUUAAGAGCUGAAUACUGGUCAAGUUGUUGCUGGGACAUUUGCCUUUAAAUGGUACUGUCUGUUGUAUUUUGGCUGAAAACCAAGUUGCAUUGGCACCAGACGAAGAUAACUCUAUAUCAGUUAUUUGCUCAAACCGAGGACAAGGGCAUCAAAUCACUUCAGGCCCUCUGGUAAUUCUUAUCCCGGAAUUUUUAGGUUUAGAAGCAACUACAAUCACUGACAAAUGCAGCUUGUCAACAAGACCUACUGGGGGAUGCCUUCGUGAGUAGCAUUGCGACGGUAGUAGGACAGACGAACCUACUUGGACAAUCUACCAACGGACUUGUCUCUGUUAAGUCCUCUUUCUCGUUCUAUGCGGUAACAUUUAGCAUAGUGAGGAUGUUCCUUGAAAAACAAAUUGGAAACAGGUGGUCCUUCCUGAGUUCAUGUUUUGAAUAGAAUCACUUGAAUCCAACUUAAUCCAUACAUUCUCCAGUGAGAGAUAGAACACUAGCAAACUUCUGCUUGCAUUUUAGGAAAUCAGAGUCGUCGUUCAGCCACUUGUUUCUUCACUGUGAGACUGUCCAUGAUCUCUGCACUUGUUAUAUUCUCGUUUCAGCAUACGAUGGAACAAUCUUGAAACAUUGGCACUUGUUCAGAGAACGAUCUAUUAGUUAAAAUUUUGUGAUUAGCUCUACUUAACUAGUUUUGACAUCGAUAUGAAAGUCUGAUAGUGUCUUGUCUUA